AUGAGGUUACCCAUCGCAAUUUUUGCCUACGUUGUCAGCUUAGUCCUCGGUGCCAAAGAGGAGGAGAAGGUCUCCGGCCCAGUUGUCGGUAUUGAUCUCGGUACCACCUACUCAUGCGUCGGCAUCUACAAGAACGGCCGUGUCGAGAUCAUCCCCAACGAUCAGGGAAAUCGAAUUACCCCUUCUUACGUCGCCUUUACUGAUGAGGAACGUCUCGUUGGAGAAGCCGCAAAGAACUACGUCGCCAUUGACCCGCAAAAUACCGUGUUUGAUGUCAAGCGACUCAUCGGUCGUCGCUAUUCUGAUAAGACCGUUCAACGCGAUAAGAAACUGUUGCCUUUCAACAUCAUCGAAAAGGGCGGCAAGCCUAUGAUUGAGAUCGCCGUCAAGGGCCAGAAGAAGGCUCUCACUCCUGAGGAGAUCUCCGCCAUGGUGCUGACGAAGAUGAAGGAAGUUGCUGAGAAUUACCUCGGUACUGAAGUGAAGAAUGCAGUGAUCACAGUCCCGGCCUACUUCAACGAUGGUCAGCGUCAAGCUACUAAAGAUGCCGGCACCAUUGCUGGUCUCAAUGUCAUGAGAAUUAUCAACGAGCCCACAGCUGCUGCCAUCGCAUAUGGGCUUGACAAGAAGUCUGAGAAGAACAUCCUUGUGUAUGAUCUUGGCGGCGGUACCUUCGAUGUCUCCCUGUUGACCAUUGAUAAUGGUGUGUUUGAAGUCGUCGCCACUUCUGGUGAUACUCACUUGGGUGGCGAGGAUUUCGAUCAGCGUGUCAUGGACCAUUUCAUCAAGAUCUUCCUUAAGAAGCAUAAGAAGGACCUCCGCUCCGACAAACGAUCUCUAGCCAAACUCCGCAGGGAAGUAGAAAAGGCGAAGAGAGCCUUGUCGUCUACUCACCAAGCUCGUAUCGAGAUCGAAAGCAUCAUGGACG